AUGAUGGCAAUUGCCACAGAUAAUGAAGAUGAAUCAUCAAAUGAGAGAGAUUCUAGAUCAAAGAAGACAUUUUCAAUUCUCAAUCCACCGAAAAUUGCUGAAGCAACGAUGAACGACACAUUUAUAACACCAGAUACAGAAGGUGUAGUAACAAUCACAGGUAUUUUAGAGGAUAUUGAUGAUGGAAAGCCUAUAUAUAUCUAUUGCAAUGACGGUGAUAUUUCGGAAAAUUACACAUGGGCUUCAAGAGCUGCAUAUACAUCAUUUAAUUCAAAUGGAAGUAAAAGACAAGACUUUCGAUUCGAAUACAGGAUUCAGACAAAGGCAGGAAUGAAUGUUCCAAUCCGAAUCUGGGCUGAUAAAGAUGAAACAAGUGUCAAUUCAAAGAAUGACAAAUCUAGGGAACAAUUUAUUAUUCUUGUCAAUAUUUCUGAUCCUCCAAAAGCCACAACAUAUCAAUAUCCAGAAGAACACUAUUACAACUCAAUUGAUACAUUCAAAUUAUCAGCCACAAUUUCUGAUGAAUCCAAAGGAACAUUCAAAUUCUUCUUAGAUGGAAAUGAUAUGAAGAUCGAUGAACCAUAUGAAGUCGAUAAAUCUGUACCACCAUCUUCAACUGGGGAUUAUAAUUAUCAUUUGGAUAAAACAAUUGCUAUUCCAGAAAAUUGCAAAUAUGAGGGCUUAAAGAAACACACAAUUGAAUUCUAUCCAAUAGAUGAAUUCAAUUUAACAAGUACUUCAAAAGGCAAAUUUGAUUUCUAUGUUAUCAAUCCACCAACAUUAAAGGAUGUUCAUCUUUCAAAGACAAGAGUUACAAAAGAUGAUGAUUUAACUGUUACAGGAAAAAUCAAAGAUAUUGAUAGUGAAAAGCCAUUAUAUAUUUACUCUCAAAUUGGCGAUGAUGUAUCAACAAGGAAGUUCAUAACUAAAAUGUCAAAUCCAAAGAGUGAUAUUGAUUUUGAUUUUAAGGUUGAUGCUAUUAAAAGAAAACAAUCAGGAGAAUAUGAUCUGAAAGUUUGGGUUUCAGCAUCCGACGAUCAAACUAAGCUCAAUAGAUAUUCUAAUUCCGAAACAUAUAGUGAACCAAUUGCCAAUAACAUAUCUAUUACUGUUGAUUAUCCAAAUCAAGAAAUAUUCGCAACUGCUGAAACUAUCACUGUCAGAGUUCAAGUUACAGAUACUGAUUUGGACGGAGAUAUUUAUUAUAAACUUGAUGGACAACAAGCAUUUGAAAAGGAUCAUUUCAUUACAGAACAAACAUUCACCAAAGAAUUCAAUACAGAGCAGAAUCCAAUAGGCUUUGGAAAACAUAAGAUUGUAAUAUAUGUUGAAGGAAGAUUGGGUGUUUCCACUGCUGAAUAUCCAUUUGAAUUCAAUGUAAAGAAUAAACCAAAUCUCAUUACAGCGACACCUAAAGUCGAUAUGGUUGAUCCAGGAAAAGACUUUGAUGUUGACAUUACAUUUGAUGACAAAGACAAUACAAAACCAUUGUAUCUCUUUGCCAAAAUCGGAAAUGGAAAUGCAGUUAAUUAUCCAUUAUCUUCAAACUCAAACGGAUCAAAUGGCCAAAAGUCUAAAGUGUCUAUCAGAGCAGAUGGAGCCAAAGGAAAUCAGAGCAUAACUGUAUGGCUUGCCGAUUCAAUCCAAAUCGCUGAUCAUGCUAAAAGUAAUUCUAGAUCUGAUGACAGAACUUUCUAUAUGAUGAUUACACUUGCUCCAACAGUAAGUCUCGUUAAAACAGGUGAAAUAAAAGGUUCGAAAGACCAAGAAAUAACAAUUCAAGUAAAGAUUGUUGACGAUACAGAAGGAGAAUGCAUUUUAUAUGUAAACAAUGAACCUGUUGAUCAAACACAUUAUAAAACAGAAAGUGGACAGAAAGUUGUUGAUUUCAAACUUAGGUUGGACCAGCAGAAAUAUAAAUAUCCAAAUAAAUACACAAUUACUGCUGGAGCAAUUGAUGAAUUUGGAGUCGCAAAGAAUUCAUCCAAUUUUGCUACACUAGUAAUAAGUAAUCGUCUUAAAUAUGUCGAUUUUAAGAUGGGACCUGCAAUACAAAAUGAUAGGAAGAUCCCAUUUACAAUCAAAUUCACUGAUUAUGACGAAGGAAAGAAAUUGAAAUUAUUCUUCCAAAUUGAUUCUUCUCCUUAUACUUAUAAUCAAAUUAUUACUUCGAACGGUACAGAAAAUCAAGUUCAUGAAGGCAUUUUUGAUGUACCAACCAGUGCAUUUUUAUAUCCAGGCAAUAAUCCGAUUUAUUACACAUUAGAUGAGAAAAGUGCUUAUAAUAACGCACAAGAAUAUACAUUAUAUGUAACAUUUAGGCCAUCAAUAACAUUAAAUGAUUUAACACAAAAAGAAGUCAAAACAAAAGAAAAUUUAGUUUUGAAUGGUAAAGUUAGUGGUGAUAAGAAAGUUAAUAUCACAGCAAUUGUUACAAAUAACGGAGAUCAGAGAAAAUUUGCCAUUGCUACUAAUUACAAAGUUGAAAAACUGGCCAACAAUUUCAAUUUCCCGUUCGAAAUUCCUCAGGAAUUAACUUAUAUGAGUACCCCUUAUACUAUCAUGUUACAUGUUGUGGAUAAUAAUCAAUUUACAAGUGAUUCAUUUCCUAAGGAAUUUACUGUGAAGAAUCCUCCAACACUAGCUAUCACAAACAUCGAAAAGGCAAACGGAAUGCUUUCGGGUGAAAAAAUCAUAGUCACAGGAACUGUCACAGAUAUUGAUCCAGAGAAGAAUGUUUACAUCAUUAUUAACGGCAGGAUUAUGAAUCAAAUAUUACCAAUCACGCAAAAAGAUACACCAGCUGAAUUCAAUUACGAAUACACUGUUGAAAGUGAAAAUUAUGGUACUGUCAAUAUCGAAAUCUAUGCAUCUGACUUAAAAUCAUCUAAAAACUCGUUCUCAAAUAAAGAGACAACUUCAGUUUAUGUAACAAUUAAACCAACAUGUGUUGUCACAUAUCCUGAUGUUAAAUUCUUCAAUUCCCAGAAUCCAAUUGGAGUUACAUAUAGGAUCAAAGAUGAUACAACAGGAUCAAUCAAAUAUAAGAUUGGCAAUACAGAAAUCGAGAAUUCCAAGUCAACUUAUACGUCAAAUAACGUGGAAGUAAGCGAUAGCACUACAAUCAGUCUUCCAGGAAGUUAUGUUUACGGAAAUGACUAUGAUUUAAGCAUUUACACAGUUGAUGAAUUCAGUAAGGAAUCAGAUGCCAAGAAUAACUUCAAAUUCAGCAUUAGAAAUAAACCAGAAAUAGUUUCAGCAACGCUUAAUAAUGACAAGUUAUUGAUGUCUAACCAAGCUAAAAUCACAGGUAAAUUCAACGAUCAAGACACUAACAAACCACUUCAUUUCUUUGCACAAAUCAAUGACGGUACAAAUAUAAUAAGAUAUGAUACAAAGGAAUCUAGAGGAUCAAAUAAUCAAGACUUCUUAAUGAACAUUCCAGUUGAUGAUAGAUUCCAUUACGGAGAGAACACUAUCAAAUUGAUAGUCAAUGAUAAUGAAGAUGCCAGUGUUCAAGUAUCUGAUUAUUCCAAAUCAAUUUUCGCUGAAGAGUUGAAGUUAUUAGUUACAUUUACUCCAGAAAUCAACCCACGUUUCACUGAAAAAGAGGUUUACAUAGAAGGAGAAAAAAUUACCGUUGAAGGAAAUGUUAAAUCAAGAAAGACAAUUGAUUUAGAAUUCUUUAUCGAUUCGACUUCAAUAGGCCAUAUAUCAAGCAUAGAAUCGAAUGAAGCAGAGAAAGAUUUCUCAAUCGACAUCACCAUCCCUGAUGGCUUAGAAUAUGGAGAACAUAGUUUAACAAUCGUAGGAAAGGAUACAGAUGAAUUAGGUUUCUCAGAGAAUCCAAAGAAGCGAUUUUACAUCAAGCAUGCUCCAACAAUUUCAAAGAUAACCGUUGAUAAGGAAAAUGUUAUUCAAGGAACUAAAUUCGUUAUCAAAGGAACAGCAUGCGAUAAAGAUGUCGGAAAAGAAAUCGAAAUCAUUGUCAAAUUUGCAGAACAUGAUGAAGAAUCAUUGAAGACGUUCGUAUCUGAUGCAAGCGAUCAGGAAUUCGAAAUUGAAAUAACUGUUCCAGGUAACGAAGAUGUUGGUGAAAAGCAAAUCCUUGCUUAUGUUAAAGAUAAUGAUGGAAUGAAAUCAGAUGUUGAAACAGCAACGAUCAAUGUUAUAUAUCCCGAUAGAACACCAAUUGAAACACCACAAGAAACUCCAGCUAUAACUCCAAGUGAAACAGAAAAAGUAACACCAGGACUCGAUAAAAAUGAGGAUCCUAACAAACAAAAUGAAAAGAAGAGUUCGAAGGGUUCUAAAGGUAGAUUAAUUGCAGGUAUAGUAAUCGCAGUAAUUGCUCUGAUUGCUUUAACUAUUGUCGCUGUUAUUUUGUUCUUGAAGAAGAAACAAGCUGGACAAGAUAAGUCUUCCUCAGAUGAUGAUGAAUUUGAACUCCAGGAAGAAACAAUCUUCGCUCCAACAAAUCCAUCUCAAGAAAUAACAACAAUGGACAACCCACUCUUCACAUCUUGCAAUGAAAGCAACUCAUUCUCUGUCACAGAUGACGACAAUAACGAUGACUGCGGACAACAAUACGUUUUCAGUAAUGCCUAA